UGUCAAAAGAAAUGCGAUGCCUACGUUUCGCGCCUCCCCUUCCGACCCGUUGUCUUGAAAAAAACAACCCAAAGCAAAGCUAAAAAUGACGGCAAAACAUUCUACUCGGUAACACACGCUUUCCGUACGAGGGGUACGUUUUCGCAACCGCGAUCCGGUCGAUAAAGCGAACCUCGCGUACGUAUACAGGUGAUUCUAGGUUCGCACUAGUCAGCGUUCCAUCAACUACAAUCACAGCGCAGUGAACGACCAGCAAAGAAAUGGAUCAAAAGGAAUCGCCGCCAAUGACCGGCGGCGGUGAUAGUGGCGAGAUGGUUUGCAGGAACACGAACACGAAAAAGUCUCUGUACACCCAGCGAAUGUUGUCGGCGUUCAGUAUGGCGGGUUUUGUGAGGCAAGCCCAACGGCUCAGCCGGACCGUCCCAUCGGCAUCGUCGAGCGACGAGGAGCAACACCAGUUCUCCGACUCGUCGGAUGAAUCGGAAGAGUUUGGCAACAAGUUCUUCCACCAGGCUGCGGCCCGGUCCUAUAGGGAACGAAUGUUCGACUUCAGUACCGUCGGGUCCGAGCGGAUGUGGUUGAAAAAUUUGCUGCUCUCCGAAACGGAAACCGAGAGCGAGAUCUCGGACGUGGAAGAUUACAUCCAGCAAAUGCUGAAGGACCACGUACGGGAGAAAAAGAUCCGGGAAAGGUACAACGAUUCGCCGCAAAACUCGCACUACGGAUAUUAUAGUGCCGGUUUGCUAUCGGACAACGACCUGUUCCCCGAACAUCGACGCUCCGUGGCCGGGAAGCGCAAGUGCAAAAUCGAUCAUGGCACCGGCAAAACGAAGGACGUAAGGAAAAGGAUGAAACAUGCCAAAAAGCGUGCUGCGGCCGACGGUACCAGCUCCUCGAUGCGAGGCCCGAUGUUUGGUGACAAGAAGAUUCAAAAAUUGCUACAACUGCACCGUGGUCGCCCGGUAACGGCGAAACCAUCGGACGGCGAUAGCUUGGAACACAGCACGGCCACCGACGCAGACGGUUCGUCGGUGGGCGGUGGUAAGCGGGGUCGGAAAUUGCGCAUGAAAACACCGGAAGCGUUAAACAUUCGCCGGCGCAAGAUGUGGCAGCUGAUGGCGAAGAAGGAGGUGGGAAAAGUGCAGCGUGCCAAGGCGAACAACCACAAGGACACGAUUACCAACUGCCGUCGGGUGGCGGCCCUCUGUAUGCGGGUCGCCCGCCAAAAGGCGAUGCAGUCCCAGAAGCUGAUGAAGGACACGGUUUGGCGGGCGAAGCGGUUGACGCGCGAAAUGCAGGUCUACUGGAAGCGGUACGAUAAGGUCGAGCGGGAAACGAAGCGCCGCAUGGAGCGGGAAGCGGAAGAACAGCGCAAGAUCGAUGUGGAGAUCGUGGAAGCGAAGCGCCAGCAGCGGAAGCUCAACUUCCUGAUCACCCAGACGGAGCUGUACGCACAUUUCAUGUCGCGCAAGCUGGGCAACGUGUCGGCCGAGGAGCAGCUCAAGAUACUUUCCCAGCUCGACGAGGAAAGCAAUCCACGGCUGGCCGCCAUCGACAAUUACGACUGCGAGCGCAUGAAGCAGCUGGCGCAGAAGAAUGCGACCGAAGCGUUCCGUAGCGAGCGAGCGCGAACGAACCAGUUCGAUGUGCAUCCGGCGGCGGAGUCGGCCUCUCCAUCGAACGAGCCAGCUGCGCCAUCGGAAGAAUCGAAAGGAAAUGGGUCGGUUGAACCGGGUCCAACCGGCACCAAGCAGGAACCGAGCACCGGAAUCGCAGAGCUGCCCCAACCGUCCAUGUUCCGCGGCCGGUUGAAAGGGUACCAGCUGAAGGGUGUGGCGUGGCUGGCGAAUCUGUACGAUCAAGGCAUCAGCGGCAUACUGGCGGACGAGAUGGGUCUGGGCAAAACGGUCCAAUCGAUCGCCUUUCUCUGCCACAUUGCCGAGCACUACGGGGUUUGGGGUCCGUUUUUGGUCAUUUCGCCGGCCUCCACGCUCCACAACUGGCAGCAGGAGAUGGAACGGUUCGUGCCCGAGUUUAACGUCGUACCGUACUGGGGGUCGCCCAACGAGCGCAAAAUUCUGCGCCAAUUCUGGGAGCAGAAGCAUCUGCACACGAAGGAUGCGAGCUUUCACGUGGUCAUCACCAGCUACCAGCUGGUGGUGACCGACUACAAGUACUUCAACCGCAUCAAGUGGCAGUACAUGGUGCUGGACGAGGCGCAGGCCAUCAAAAGCUCCAGCUCCAUGCGCUGGAAGCUGCUGCUCGGGUUUAACUGCCGCAAUCGGUUGCUGCUGAGCGGGACGCCGAUCCAGAACAGUAUGGCGGAGCUGUGGGCGCUGUUGCACUUUAUCAUGCCGACGCUGUUCGAUUCGCACGAGGAGUUUAACGAGUGGUUCUCAAAGGACAUUGAAAGCCAUGCCGAGAACAAGACGGGCAUCGAUGAAAAACAAAUCUCCCGACUACACAUGAUCCUGAAACCGUUCAUGCUGCGAAGGAUCAAAAAGGACGUCGAGAACGAGCUGUCGGACAAGAUCGAGAUCAUGGUGUACUGUCCACUGACGACGCGCCAGAAGCUGCUGUACGUUGCGCUGAAGAAAGAGAUUUGCAUCGAAGAUCUGCUGCAUCUCACCACGGUUGGCGGCGGUGGUGGUGGAGGUGGCGACGGAGGGCAAUCCAUCGAUCGUAAUUUUACCUCCAAUCUGAUGAACCUUGUGAUGCAGUUUCGCAAGGUGUGCAAUCAUCCGGAGCUGUUCGAGCGGCGCGACGUCCGCAGCCCGUUCUGCAUGAAGUGGAGCUACGAGCUGGCCGAGCGACCAAUCUUCCGGAGGCAGCUGCUAAUGGAGCACACCGUACCGAGCAAGCGUCACUGGUUGCACAAUCGGUGCUACCUGUUCAAAGCGCUGCACGUACAAAGAAGUAUGGCGGGAGAAUGGUGCCGCGCAAAAUCGGACGUACCUGAGCAGAAAGGCCGAUCGAAAGCAGCGAAAGCAGCGCACUGCUACGAUGACUGGUGUGCGCCAUUCAGCUGUGCGAGACUAGCCGGCGGUUUAUCGCCAAAGCAGGUGGAACAGAUUGCCCGAAGGAAUGUGUUCUGGUUCAUGUAUCAACUGAUCGAGGAAUGGGUCCAUUGGAUGAGUGUGUUGCACUUUCGGUGGGUUUGGAGGGAUACGCGAGCGGACGGCGUGUGGACGGAUCCACGCCACAUGCUGCUCGAACCGUCCGCGGAACGAUGGACGGCUCGAUGGUUUCCGUGGAAAGCGAUGGAGCGGCUACUUUUUACGCACACGAUCGUCCACUCGACAUGCAUUCCUGUGUACACGCAUCGCGAUCAUGUACUGCAUUUCACCUCCGAAACACUGGACCAUCGUAUCAUGCGCAGCCGAAAGCAACAGAUCCCAGGGCAACCGUUAACGCUGCUGCCCGAAGUGCCGUUCGUGCCGACCCGAAGGCCAUCCACCGUACUGCCAGACGAGCCGACGGCAAUGCCUAAAUUUCUCUGCCGUCACUAUACCAAGGUGCUGAACACUGCCGGAUGCACGGGGCCAGCGUUACGGCGCGUGUACACCCACCGGUUACCGGCCUCCCAUGCCGGUGGCCGGUGGCAUUUCAACGAAACGACGGCGGCGGCCGCAGAACGACAGCUCCGGGAACACGUGCACGCGUCGUACCCGGCACACGGCUGGUCGCACAUUACCAUUCCCGACAAGCAGACGCUCGUGUCCGAUGCGGGUAAGCUGGCCGUGUUGGAUUCGUUGCUGGCCCGGCUCAAAGAGCAGGGCCACCGUGUGCUGAUCUACUCGCAGAUGACGAAGAUGAUCGAUUUGCUGGAGGAGUACAUGUGGCACAGAAAGCAUCGGUACAUGCGGUUAGAUGGUUCAAGCAAAAUUUCCGAACGACGCGACAUGGUGGCCGACUUUCAGAAUCGGGCCGACAUUUUCGUCUUCCUGCUGUCCACGAGGGCUGGCGGUCUGGGCAUAAACUUAACUGCGGCGGACACUGUGAUUUUCUACGACUCCGAUUGGAAUCCGACCGUCGACCAGCAGGCGAUGGAUCGUGCGCAUCGAUUGGGCCAAACGAAGCAGGUUACCGUCUACCGGCUCAUCUGCAAAGGCACGAUCGAGGAAAGGAUACUGCAAAGGGCGCGUGAGAAGAGUGAGAUUCAAAGGAUGGUUAUCAACGGGGAUAACUUCAAGCCCGACACGCUCAAACCAAAAGAGGUGGUUUCACUGCUGCUUGACGAUGAAGAGAUCGAGUUGAAGUAUCGUCAAAAAACGGAGGAACGUCGCUUGCUGGAGGAUCCCGUCGUGAAAACCACCAAGGACCGCGAUCGCAAACAGAAACAGCCAGCGUCCGGCAAGGAAAGCGUAGGGAAGGAUCGCAAACGGACGGUCGACGGUGAGGAGCCCGGUGGGUUUGGCGAUUCGGCCGCUCCGAGUCCUGCCCAAAGCGAGCGUUCCAAUCUGAGUGAUAAUACGAACAAAGCGCUAGACGCGCUGGACGAUUCAAGCAAUGAAGCAGCUUCCAUGUCGUUUGACGCGAUACGCGAACGGGGGGACAGCAAGGCAAGACCGGUUUCGAGGGGCGGUAGCAAACGGGGAAGACCCCGUGGCUCGCGUAGAGGUGGAGCGGUUGGCCCGGGCAGCACUAGGCCUGCAGCAACGGACCAACAAUCCAUGCCGGACAAAGACACAAGCGCGCCGAUGCCUGCCGUCGUACCGUUGGCUGCUCCAGCUGCUACCAUUGCACAGGUAAGGCGCGGUCCCGGCCGACCACGGCUAAAAACCAACGGGCCCAGCAAUCAGGGUACACGCGGCGGCCCCUCCCAUGCGCGACAAACUAUUCGGAUACGGAAACCGAUCGGCCCGCUGGUGGUACCGCUCGGUGGUCAAACAGCUGCCGCAGCGGGAGGCAAUCGUUUGCUGUCGACCUCAUCGGCCAGUUCUGCUGCCCCGUUCCCUUACACGGGUACAGCGAAGCCACGCUUCGGUGCGUCGGCAACGUCCUACAAACCCCCAUCGCUAAACCGAAGUACUACCUCCCAACCCAUUCCUUCCAACGACAACCGAACACCGAUGGAUAACGAUAGCGGUACGGAGUAUCGUGCUCGCACCUGUAGGAAUCGAGUUCGAACCAUGGGUACAAUGAGUUCGACCGGUGGGGGCAACAAUAUUCGAACGACCUAUGGAUUAGACCCGAACGAUUCUGGGUCGCUUACGGAUGGUUCCGACUCGCCCAUCACUAUUAUCGAGCGGCGGGUCAGAGAAGGAUUAUACAUCAUAUUAUGUUAUUCCCUUCGCAUCGAAGCAUCGGACAAUUCCAUGAAAACAAUGGCAAUGUUUGACACUGGAGCAGCACUUAAAAUGACCAACACGAUGUGUCUCGUAGGCACGAUUGUGAUCAUAUGCUUGGUCGAGUUGAUCGUAUCGCGGGACGUGCACGAUCACUACGAACACAGCUUACGGCGCGGGGGCCACCGGGGCUUUCAUCAGGAGCAGCACCAUCAGUACAACAACAUAAACCACAACAGCAAACACAGUAGCAAUAGCAAUUACCACCACCAAACUUACUGCGGACGGCAGGUGAAAUUUUACGAAAAAUCACCACACCACACCAAACGUACCGGCCACCAUCACCAGCCACGGGUCGAAACGAUCGCGAUGAAACACAAGCGCCACUACGGCAGUCAGCAUCAGCGUGCCAAUGGGUCAUCGUCGUCGUCCUCCUCCUCCACCACCACCACAAUCCACCACUAUCCACCGUUGGACUGGACGCUGGACGCAUCUGCCGACGGUCACCACCAAACGCUCGUUGCGCUGCAGGAUGACGAUCCGAGCCUGGCGACGGCAGGCCUCAAGCCACCGAAGCACGGCAUCUCGGUGUGGCCCGUCAAGCGGGAAGCCGUCGUGGAGGGUGACCUCAUACUCGGCGGACUGAUGAUGGUCCAUUCGCGCGAAGACUCGGUCACGUGCGGUCCGAUCAUGCCGCAGGGCGGUAUACAGGCGCUCGAAACGAUGCUGUACACGCUGGACAAGAUCAACGAGCAGGGCCUGGUGCCGAACGUGACGAUUGGCGCCCACAUCCUGGACGAUUGCGACAAGGACACGUACGGGCUGGAGAUGGCGGUCGACUUUAUCAAGGGUUCGAUUAGCAAUAUAGACGACAUCAACGAUUACGAUAACUGUAGCAAGGGGCACAAGAAGAAAAUUAUUUCCGGCGUCGUUGGGGCCGCAUCGUCCGUGACCUCGAUACAGGUAGCGAAUUUGCUGCGAUUAUUUAAAAUACCUCAGGUUUCCUUUUUUUCCACUAGUCCAGAGCUGAGCAAUAAGCAACGAUUCGAAUACUUUUCUCGGACCAUUCCAUCGGAUCACUACCAGGUGAAGGCAAUAGUGGACAUAGUGCAGAAGCUGGGCUGGAGCUACAUUUCCAUUAUUUACGAAGAGAGUAACUACGGCAUUAAGGCGUUCGAAGAGUUAGACGACUUGCUAUCGAAGCAUAGCAUCUGCAUAGCUGUUAAGGAGAAACUAGUAAAAGAUUCUGGCGUUGCUGAUACGAUAGCGUAUGAUAACAUAGUGCUUAAACUGUUAACCAAGCCACGUGCUAAAGGUGUUAUUAUAUUUGGAUCGGACCAAGAAGUGGCCGAAGUGAUGAAGGCAGUCCGUCGGCAAAAUGUUACAGGGGUAUUUUCGUGGAUCGGGUCGGACGGUUGGAGCGCGCGCAAUCUCGUGUCGGACGGCAAUGAGGCCGAGGUGGAGGGUACGCUGUCCGUGCAACCGCAGGCCAAUCCAGUGCUCGGGUUUGAAGACUAUUUUCUCAACCUGACCGUUAUUAACAAUAAGCGUAAUCCUUGGUUUGUAGAAUUUUGGGAAAACAAUUUCCAGUGCAAAUAUCCAAACUCACCGUACACCCCGUACAACAAGGACUACAAGCAGGUGUGCUCGACAACGGAGAAGCUUGCGAAGGGGGAUCUGGACUUUGAGGAUCAGCUGCAGUUCGUGAGCGAUGCCGUGAUGGCGUUUGGAUAUGCGUUCAAAAACAUGCACCAAGAGCUGUGCCGCGGCAAACCGGGUCUUUGCGAUGCGAUGAACCCGACCAAAGGUUCGGAGCUGUUAAAGUAUCUGCGCAAGGCGGAUUUUAUCGGGCUCAGCGGGGAUCGGUUCAACUUUGACGUGAACGGAGACGGCCCGGCACGGUACAACAUUAUCCACUUCAAGCAGGUCGCACCGGAACGGUACAAAUGGAUCAAAGUUGGCGAAUACUACCAGGGUGAGCUGCGUUUGAACAUGCAAGAUAUUCAAUUCCGCACGAAAGAUUCCAUGCCGCCCGAGUCGGUCUGUAGCCGGCCGUGUGAGCGCGGACAGGCAAAAAAGUACGUCGAAGGGGAAGGAUGCUGCUGGCACUGUUUUAACUGCACUCAGUAUCAGAUUCGAAGUCCGAAUGACGAAACGCACUGUGUCAACUGUCCAAGAGGCACGCUGCCGGACGUCUACCACGAAGAGUGUCAACAAAUUCCGGAAUCGUACCUACGGCCGGAAUCAUUCCUUGCCAUCGGUGCAAUGACGUUCAGCUCGUUCGGCAUUCUGAUCACCUUUUUCGUUAUCGGUGUAUUUUUGAAACACAACGAUACACCGAUCGUUAGAGCGUCCGGUCGUGAGCUGAGCUACGUGUUGCUUAGCGGUAUACUGCUCUGCUUUGGCGUUACCUACACGCUGGUCAUCAAACCGAACGAUAUCGUUUGCGGAGUGCAAAGAUUUUGGUCCGGCUUCUCGUUCACCGUCGUCUAUGCGGCGUUACUCACCAAAACCAAUCGUAUUGCGCGCAUCUUCAAUGCGAGCACCAAAUCAGCGAAACGUCCGUCUUUCAUAAGUCCGCACUCGCAGCUGGUCAUUUGCGGAAUACUGGUUUCCUUUCAGAUUUUAAUCAACGCAGUCUGGAUGAUCGUGUCCCCGGCACACGCGAUGCACUACUACCCCACGCGGGAAGAUAAUCUGCUGGUCUGCAACUCCUACACCGACGCAUCGUACAUGAUCGCAUUCUUUUAUCCUAUUUUUCUGAUAGUCAUCUGUACCGUAUACGCCGUGCUAACGCGGAAAACGCCCGAAGCUUUUAACGAAUCUAAGUAUAUUGGUUUUACAAUGUAUACAACUUGCGUUAUUUGGCUUGCAUUUAUACCACUGUACUUUGGUACGGCCAAUAAUGUGCAGCUUAGAAUAUUUACAAUGUCCAUGACGAUUAGCUUGUCGGCCACCGUGACGCUGGUAUGCUUAUUCUCACCAAAGCUUUACAUCAUAUUGAUUCGUCCGGAACGAAACAUACGGCAAAGUAUGAUGCCCAUCCGUUAUAGCACAAUAAACAAAACGACCGGUUCGGCCCAAUCGUCCGUGAUGGCGGCGGUCAUCGUAACGGCGGCCACGUGCAACGAAAACGAGAAGGUGAUCAAGAGCACCUCGAACGAAAACAUUCCGGCUGCGUACUGAUACACAAAAAAGGUGAAGCUGAAACGAGUAGGCAACGCUUCAAAGUCGCGACCAAAAGAACGCAACAGCAACAUCGCAGCACCAAGCACAACAACAACAACAACCACAGCUACAAACACAUCAUCAUGAGCUCCUAUGGUGGCCGCUAUUGAGGAUAGUUUUUAACGACCAAUCGAUUGUGUGUACGUGCGUGUACGGUGAGGGAGAAACUGCAUCGUUUCGUUUAAUUUUCAUAAGUCACACAUGUUUGGAACUCAGUUCGCAUUGCGUGUUAAAAUGAGAGCAUUUAACGAGAGGUUUGGAGGAGGAAUAAUGAAGAGAAGAAAAAAAAACAAAACAAAUAUAUAUAUAUAUAGUAUCCGUUCAAAAUGA